AUGACCUUUCGUUUCCAAAUCUAUAGUAAUCCUGAAUUAGUAAUUUUUCUUGGGGACUAUAUCCAACUUGCUCAUGAAGACAUUAUACUCUUUAUUAAAUCUUUUGAGUUUGUUGCGCAUAAAUUUAAAUGUAUUGGAAUUAUCGGAAAUCAUGACAUUAAACUUCGACCACCAGAUGAUAUUAUCAAAGCAUUACAAUCUAUUGGUAUUUCAAUAUUAUUAAACGAGGAAUAUGUAUUUGAUUGUAUUCACUUCUUUGGGAUUGAUUAUUAUACAAAUAAUUCAACUUUAGUUCUACCACAAAACCAACAGAUUAUUUUAUUGUCUCAUACUCCUUCAGUGUUAAAUGACCCAAUCUUUUCAGAAUCGAAUGAUAUUAAUCAACAAAAUAUUCAAAUUAGUGCAAUAUUUUGUGGACAUACUCAUGGUGGGCAAGUCAUUAUCCCAUUUAUUGGUUGUCCAUUAUUACUUUUCAAGGCAUGGAUGUUGAGAUGGUGGAAAAUUAUGUAUUUGAGAUUAUUGGAUUUACAAAAAUGGAAAGUUAUCCAUGGAUUAUAUCAUUUACAAUACAAUCAAACAUCAAUUCCAGUUUAUGUGACAUCUGGAAUAGGAAGUCAUUAUGGACUUAGAGUGAAUUGUCCACCAGAGAUUGUUGUUAUUGAUUUAAUUCCUCAGUGA